GCGCAAUUAAGAUAAGGAGAACUCGCGUUAGUGCCAGCCACAGGCCAAGAACCCUUCUAUGCGGGAUUAAUGCCGUUCACCCUCGUCAACCCAACAUGUUAACCCGGCACGUCAACCCAACAUGCCAACCCCGUCCACAAACCCACCUGCUAUUAAAGAUAUGACACUUCUCACCGUCAAGAAUGUUGGUUUUAGACCUUCAUUGUUUCUUCUCAAGACAAAAAUAUCUACGCCCCAGCUGUGACCGCUGUGUAGUGUACAUCCGCUUGCACGUCCCGAGGGCUGCCCCUCCUUGUCUUUCUCCAUCAUAAGCCAUGGCAACGAUCAGAAUCGCCGAUGUCCCACACCCGAAAUCUGAGCAUCUACGCCCCAAUUUGCAGGAUGGAGUUACCCCUGGCGGAGGGGAUGGCAUCUAUGGCAGACGGUCGUUCUCAAGAUCAGAUGCAAGCGGCCUUCACGAUGACAUCUACAACAUUCGCUCCCGGUCCAGGGCUCCUUCCUCCAACAGGCGUAGCAGAAUGAGCAUGACGGAUCGAGAAGACGAUGACCCUGGUUUGCGAACACCGGGUGACUUUAAGGAGAAGCAGGUAUUCAAGGGAAAGUUGCUUCUGUGGCUUUCCUAUCAAUCAAUCGGAGUCAUCUAUGGCGACAUUGGGACCAGCCCUCUCUACGUCUACUCAUCGACAUUCAGCUCGGCGCCUUCACGUCAAGACCUCAUUGGAGUGCUCUCGAUAAUCAUCUGGAGCCUGUUUAUGAUGGUAACGGUGAAGUACGUGAUCGUCAUUCUCCGUGCGGAUAAUGAUGGCGAAGGGGGGACAUUUAGCACGUAUUCACUGCUUAGUCGUUAUAUGAACAUCACCAACCGUGAUCCACGAGAGGCCUCCCUUGUUCGACUUCAAAGACAUUUGUCCGGUGAUCUCGAACGCGCGGGCCAACAUGUGCGCCAGCGCCUAGAAUCUAGCAGAUUCGCAAGGGGCCUUCUCAAGCUUAUGGGAGUAUUGGCAGUGACAAUGGUCAUAGCUGACGGCCUCCUUACACCAGCCCAAUCAGUAUUGGGAGCUGUCCAAGGAAUCGAGGUCGUUGAUCCUAGUAUCUCCAAAGGGACCGUAAUCGGGGUCACCGAUGCUAUUCUAGUCCUCCUAUUUAUCAUCCAGCCGCUCGGUAUUACUAACAUCACGUUUGCAUUCGCACCAAUUGUUAUCAUCUGGCUGGGGUUCAACGCCGUUUUCGGGAUAUAUAACCUCGCCAAAUAUGACGCUGGCGUUUUCAAAGCUUUCAACCCCGGGUACGGGUUUGAUUUCUUGGUCCGCAACGGGGAACCGGGUUGGAGAAUGUUGGGUGGCGUAUUGCUGGCCUUCACUGGGGUCGAGGCUCUCUUCGCCGACCUUGGUGCUUUCAGCAGGAGAGCGAUUCAGCUCAGCUGGCUAUGCUACACGUUUCCAUGUCUGCUUUUGGCGUAUAUCGGGCAAGCAGCUUAUAUCAGCGUCCAUCCAGAGGCAUACUCAAACCCAUUUUUCAAUGCGGCGCCGCCAGGAACCAUUUACCCAGCCCUAGUCAUCGCAAUUCUGGCCGCCAUUGUCGCCUCACAGGCCAUCAUAACUGCAACCUUUCAGCUGCUUGCCCAAGUGAUGAAGCUCUCAUACUUCCCACAAAUCAAAGUGAUCCACACUUCCACAAUCUUCCAUGGCCAGCUUUAUAUUCCCGUCGCGAACUGGCUCCUCAUGAUUGGAACAAUAAUGGUAGCAUCGAUUUAUAACAAUACUACAUCUCUUGGAAACGCGUAUGGAGUCUGCGUUAUGUUCGUGACCAGCUUUGAUACAUGUAUAGUCUCCUUGGCAGCUAUGUUUGUGUGGCGCAUCAGCCCUUUUAAAGUCAUCCUGCCAUGGAUCAUAAUUGCUUGUUUGGAUGGUACAUACCUCUCUUCUGCGCUCACAAAGGUCCCCACUGGUGCCUGGUUCACCAUCACACUCGCCUCCGUUCUCGCCUUCGUCCUACUGUUGUGGAGAUUUGGCAAAGAGCAGCAAUGGUUUGCCGAAGCUGAGGAUCGCUUUCCCACUUCGCAUUUUGUUACGACCGGUCCAGAUGGCCAGAUUCGUCUCACGGAUCGAUUUGGUCGCAUCCCUCUCAGCACUACUAAGGGCUUCGGAAUCUUCUUCGACAAGGCCGGCGAGACUACCCCAAUAGUCUUUAGCCAAUUCGUUCUCAAGCUUACUGCGAUGCCAGAAGUUGUUGUUUUCUUCCAUCUACGGCCGCUUGAGACUCCUUCGGUGGCGCCAGAGAACCGGCAUGCGGUUUCACGGCUUGCAAUCCCCAACUGCUACCGCCUUGUAGUUCGCUACGGCUAUAAUGACGAAAUCAUAACUCCAAAUCUUGCGUCCGUCGUCGCCGACCAGAUUCGCAGAUAUCUGGGGGAGAAGCAUUUCCCUCUUCAAAGACAUGUCUCAUCAGACUCACCUGGAACCCCUUCGCUCGAGAAUCCGGCUAACUCUACGAACCACGUAACGGUCCUCGGCCCUAUAGAAAAGGAAGUGGUUAGUGAGGAGGGAUACAGCGAAGAAUUGGCCAGACUUGAGGCCGCAUACGCGCAUAAUGUGCUCUAUAUCAUGGGCAAAGAGCAGAUGAAGAUCAAGGAGGGUACGAAUUACGCCAGGAGGGUAUUGUUGUGGAUCUUUUUGUGGAUCAGGGAUAAUACAAGGAACAAGAUGGCCAAUCUUAGGAUUCCGACAGACAAGAUGGUCGAGGUGGGAUUCCUGAAGGAGAUUUAGCCCGUAUAGAUGCCUGGGAUUGUGCUUCAAGGGCCUUCAAGCUUCAGCAAGAGCCUAUUAUUAAGGAGUCGACAAGGAAAUUCUACUAUGAAAC